AUGAGAGAAGUUAUUAGUAUUAAUGUUGGUCAAGCUGGUUGUCAAAUUGGUAAUGCAUGUUGGGAAUUAUAUUCUCAAGAACAUGGUAUUAGACCAGAUGGGUUUUUAGAAGAAGGAUUAGAUAGACCAAAAGGAGGAGAAGAAGGAUUUUCUACAUUUUUUAGUGAAACAGGAUCAGGUAAAUAUGUUCCAAGAGCAUUAUAUGUUGAUUUAGAACCAAAUGUAAUUGAUGAAGUUCGUACUGGUCUUUAUAAAGAUUUAUUCCAUCCUGAACAAUUAAUUGCUGGAAAAGAAGAUGCAGCAAAUAAUUAUGCAAGAGGUCAUUAUACUGUUGGUAGAGAAAUUUUAGAUGAUGUAUUAGAUAGAAUUAGAAGAAUGAGUGAUCAAUGUGAUGGAUUACAAGGGUUUUUAUUUACUCAUUCAUUAGGUGGUGGUACUGGUUCAGGUUUAGGAUCAUUAUUAUUAGAACAAUUAUCAUUAGAUUAUGGUAAAAAAUCAAAAUUAGAAUUUGCAGUAUAUCCAGCUCCACAAGUUUCAACUUCAGUAGUUGAACCAUAUAAUACAGUCUUAACUACUCAUACUACUUUAGAACAUGCUGAUUGUACAUUUAUGGUUGAUAAUGAAGCAAUUUAUGAAAUGUGUAGAAAAAAUUUAGAUAUUUCAAGACCAAAUUUUGAUUCAUUAAAUAAUUUAAUUGCUCAAGUUGUUUCAUCAGUUACUGCUUCUUUAAGAUUUGAUGGUUCAUUAAAUGUUGAUUUAAAUGAAUUUCAAACUAAUUUAGUACCAUAUCCAAGAAUUCAUUUUCCAUUAGUUAGUUAUGCACCAGUUUUCUCCAAAACAAGAGCAAAUCAUGAAGCAAAUUCAGUUUCUGAAAUUACACAAUCAUGUUUUGAACCAGGUAAUCAAAUGGUUAAAUGUGAUCCAAGAACUGGUAAAUAUAUGGCUACUUGUUUAUUAUAUAGAGGUGAUGUUGUAACUCGUGAUGUUCAAAAUGCUGUUGCACAAGUUAAAUCUAAAAAAACUGUUCAAUUAGUUGAUUGGUGUCCUACUGGUUUUAAAAUUGGUAUUUGUUAUCAACCUCCAACUGCUAUUGCAACUAGUGAAUUAGCAGGUGCUUCAAGAGCUGUUUGUAUGUUAUCAAAUACUACUGCUAUAGCUGAAGCUUGGAGAAGAAUUGAUAAAAAAUUUGACUUGAUGUAUUCAAAAAGAGCUUUUGUUCAUUGGUAUGUUGGUGAAGGUAUGGAAGAAGGUGAAUUUACUGAAGCAAGAGAAGAUUUAGCAGCUUUAGAAAGAGAUUAUAUUGAAGUUGGUACUGAUUCAUUCCCUGAUGAAGAAGAAGAAUAUUAA